ACAUUUACCUGAAGCAGCCGAACCGUUCGAUAUCACCAUGAUAUCACCGAAGAGAAAAAAUUCUGCAAAACGCUUAAAUUACGUCCAGCGAUACUACUUCUUCACCCACACAUUAUUGAUAUUCGGAAUGAUCUUCGUCGAUCUUUCAGAUGCCCAUUCUGCUCGACUAUGUGAUGGACCGAUGGAAAUGAAAAACUCUCAAUAUUUGUCGACACCACAGGAAUGCGCACGUCAAUGCACAGACGAUGAAUUCCCAAGAACCUGCUACUAUCAUUUUACGGUAGAAUUAUACAGCAUUCUUGGCACCGCCUGCAAACUCUGUACACCUGGUCCAAACAACUCACUGACUAACGAGUGUCAGUGCAUCACUUCCGAUGGUAUAGAGACGAGCGUUUUAACCGUGAACAGAAUGCUACCUGGACCCAGUAUCCAGGUAUGCUUGGGUGAUAAGGUCAUCGUGGAUGUCCUGAAUCAAAUGGAAGGAAUGGAACUCUCGGUUCACUGGCAUGGCAUUUACCAGAAAAAAUCGCCUUACUACGACGGUGUACCUUUCGUAACUCAAUGCCCGAUUUUUCAGGGAAAUACCUUCAGGUAUCAAUGGGUUGCCGAAAACCCCGGUACACACUUUUGGCACUCUCACACCGGUCUGCAAGAAAUGGAUGGCAUCUACGGGAAUCUGAUCAUUCGGCAGCCACCUUAUCAAGAGCCCAACGCCGAUCUUUAUGACGACGAUUCACCGGAACACAUCGUACUGAUUAGUGACCUCUUACACGAAAUGGCUACCGAACGAUUCCCAGGGCUGUUGAAAAAACAUAAAGGGCAGGGCGCAGUUUCGAUUUUGAUUAACGGAAAAGGACAGUACACGGAUCCAAAUUUUGGCACUACGACUAACACGCCGUUGGAAGAGUUUGACGUAUCGGCGGGAAAAAAAUACAGAUUUAGAAUGAUCGCUGCUUUCUCAUCUGUAUGCCCUGUUCAACUCACAGUCGAAGAACACAAGCUGACCGUGAUAGCCACAGAUGGUCAACCGGUGGAACCUAUCGUCGUCGAUAGUAUAGUCUUGUUCGCAGGUGAGCGAUACGAUUUUAUGAUUUGCGCCAACCAAACGUCGCAACCCUACUGGAUGCAGAUGCGUGCUCUCGGGGAAUGCGGUAUCACCAGAGUUCAACAACUCGCAAUUCUUCGCUAUGACGGCCAUGGGGAAUCCACAAGACCUUGUUCCAAAUCACCAACUUACGAUCAGGGGCUUUCCACGGGAGUGGUUCUUAACCAACUGGGUUCAAGUUGCGACACAACAGAUACGAACGUCGUGUGCGUUGGUUCUCUACGAAAAGCCGGAUAUGUCGACGAAAGCAUUCUUGGACCAGAGCCAGACGUCAGAGUCUGGUUGCCAUUUCAUUUCAUGGACUACGAACCGCAGCAACUCUUCCAGCCAAAAACCUAUCGUCCAUUCAUGCUUCCACUGCCUGGUAUUGAAAGCAUUGCAUUAGUUGGCAAUAGGUCAUUCUCUUUACCAUCGGCACCACUUUUGACACAAAGGAAUGACAUACCGAAAUCAGAAAUUUGUGAGGGUGAAAGACCUCCAGCUAAUUGCAGUUCGCCCUGCAUUUGUACGCACAUCGUUAACUUUACUCUUGAUUCAGUGGGUGAACUAAUCCUCUUUGACGCAGGUCCGAAUACCAAUUUGUCCCAUCCGAUGCAUCUGCAUGGGCACUCCUUCAGCGUGAUUGGCCAGGGUCCAUCGCCGGAACCCAACGCAACCCUCCUCACCUUAGAGCAGAUUAAAGAAUUCGACAGAAAGGGACUACUUCGUAGGCAAUUCGACAGGCCACCUUCCAAAGACACCAUUGCUGUGGGACCGGCUACUUACGCCAUCUUAAGAUUCCGCGCCAAUAACCCAGGCUACUGGCUAUUCCACUGUCACUUCACGUUCCACAUAGUGAUCGGCAUGUCUGCUGUCUUUAACGUUGGUCAGCCCUCAGAUCUACCGCCAAUUCCACGAGACUUUCCGGUUUGCGGUAAUCAUCUACCGCCAAUCAAGUUUGCCGGAGACAGUUCGACAUACUGAUCCUGUAUCAUC